AUGAACUCGCUCAACAUCAUCACCGCGCGCGUGUCGCCGCCGCCGAGUCCCACCCACUCCCGAUCCAACAGCGUCUCCGCCGGCCUCGACGACGACAAGGCGCUCGACGUGCCCGACGACAAGGCGGAUGGACACGAGGCCCAGCCCUCCGCCGCCGAGGGCUCCCCCGCCGAGAAGCGAUAUAACGACGACCACGACGACGAGGCCGCCUUUGCUACCGAGGAGACGCCGCUCUUCUGCGAGUCCAAGCCCGAUGGCAAGCGCUCGAGGUGGUGGCAUGUGCUGCCCCGGGGGAUCGCGUCCGGCUUCAUCAGCAGCAUACGCUGGCUGUUGGCCACGCUGUGUGCGCCGGGCUACUACCUGCUGGCCUGCUUCUACGACGACUUUGGCAAGUUUGCGCCCAUGACGCAGCUGAAGAAGCUGUUCGGCUUUCACGGCGGAGACAUGGGCACGGACAAGCUGUACGGAGCCUCUGCCGAACGGCCGAGCAAGACUGGCCGCAACUCACGGCAUCUCGGAGUGCCGUCGAAACCAUUUCAUUCGUCGAGUACCUCUUCGUCCGGUCUGUCGUCCGAGUCCGAGGACGAGCCUCAUGCUACCAAGAACCGGCAUACUCGCUCCAAAUCAGCCCAACCCAGCGACGAAUCCGGCGGCGGCGGCGCGCGGCGCUCCAUCCGGAUCAAGCUCAACGACGAGGAGCAGCGGAAACAUAGAAAGUCGCAGUCCACCGCCUCUCACGGCAAGGGCGACCUCAGCCGAAGCGAUCUCUCUGCGCAACUCAAAUCUCCCACUUCUCCGAUCGCCGCCCUGACCAGGUACCCGAAGACGCCCGCGCCUCCGCGACCCCUGAUCCCCCGACGACAGCCAUCGUACCUGAAUCUUCUUGAGCCUACGAGGAAGCAGCAGAAGACGCUCAUCCUGGAUCUCGACGAGACGCUGAUCCACAGCAUGUCUAAGGGAGGACGAAUGAACAGCGGCCACAUGAUUGAAGUCCAGCUCAACACGGCGACGUUGGGCAUGAGCGGACAGAGCAGCGCGGCGCAGCACCCCAUCCUGUACUGGGUCAACAAGCGGCCCUACUGCGACGAGUUCCUGCGCAGGGUGUGCAAGUGGUUCAACCUGGUCAUUUUUACGGCGUCGGUCCAGGAGUACGCCGACCCAGUGAUUGACUGGCUCGAGACGGAGAGGAAGUUUUUCUCGGCGAGAUACUACCGCCAGCACUGCACAUAUCGACAGGGAGCGUAUAUCAAAGACUUGAGCGCAGUCGAGCCGGACCUGAGUAAAGUGAUGAUUCUGGACAAUAGCCCGCUGAGCUAUUUGUUCCAUGAAGACAACGCCAUACCGAUCCAAGGCUGGAUCAAUGACCCGACAGACGGCGACUUGAUGCACUUAGUACCUCUGCUGGAGGGUCUCCAGUACGUCCACGAUGUUAGAGCGUUACUAGGGCUGCGCAGCGGCGAGUAUGGCCAUCUCCAAGCAUAG